AUGCUUAAUAAUCCUUCAAUAAAUUAGCAAAUUGAUAUUCAUAAACCACAUCUAAACAUAAAAAAGGAAAGCAAAAUUAUUUAAAAAUUCUAGAAAACUAACCUGUAGCUAAAUUAAUAAUCUUAACAAAAACAAAAAUAGAUAAACAUGAAUUAAAUUACAAAAACUAAGUAAAUUUUACCAAAAUUUCAGAAUUCAAUAGUCUAAUAACGUAUCUCUCAAAAUAUUUGGCAUAAAAAGUCAGUUUCUUUAAAAAUGAAGAAUGCAAUUUUUAAGAACGGAUUAAAAAUUUAAUGUGGAUAGUUAGUAAAAUACAAAAAAGGAAAUUAAAUAUAUGCUUUUAGAUGCAUCAAAGACAAUAUGAAAUAAUGCAGAUUAAAAGAGUUAAAAUAAGAUCAUGAUGUAGAUACAGAUGAUGAAUAAAUUUAAAUAGUAACCAAAUAAAUGUUUAUUAGUUUAUCUAAAUGUAUUAGGUAAGAAAUGGAUAACAUGCAUAAUAAUUCUCAUUAAAAUAUGUUAUAAACUCAACCUAUAUGUUAAAUUGAUUAAUGA